GCGGACGCGCGGCACGCCGGUCUUGGCUACAGGCGCGGCGUUUGAAGAAAAACUGUCACUGAAGAGUCAUGGUGGGGCCCGGGCCUACCGCCGCUGCCGCUGUCGAAGAGCGGCAGAGAAAGCUUCAGGAGUACCUUGCAGCCAAGGGAAAACUGAAGAGCCAAAACACCAAGCCUUAUCUAAAAUCCAAGAAUAAUUGCCAGAAUCCACCACCUUCUAAAUCUACUAUUAGACCCAAAAAUGAUGUUACCAACCAUGUUGUUUUGCCUGUCAAACCUAAAAGGUCCAUCAGCAUUAAACUCCAGCCCAGACCACCUAAUACUGCAGGGUCCCAGAAGCCGAAGUUGGAGCCACCAAAACUUCUGGGCAAAAGGCUGACUUCAGAAUGUGUUUCUUCUAACCCAUACUCUAAGCCUUCUAGCAAGAGUUUUCAACAGUGUGAAGCUGGAUCAUCCACAACAGGAGAACUGUCAAGAAAACCUGUGGGGUCACUUAAUAUAGAGCAAUUGAAAACUACAAAGCAGCAGUUAACAGAUCAAGGAAAUGCUAAAUGUAUAGACUCUAUGAAUAAUAUCCAUGUUGAAAACAAAUCUUUGGAUAACUUUCUAAAAGAAACAAACAAAGAGAACUUGCUCGAUAUCUUAACAGAACCUGAGAGGAAGCCAGAUCCUAAAUUAUAUACCAGAAGUAAGCCAAAGACUGACUCUUACAAUCAAACCAAGAACAGUUUAGUUCCUAAACAAGCCUUGGGCAAAAGUUCAGUUAAUAGUGCUGUUCUGAAAGAUAGGGUUAAUAAACAAUUUGUUGGAGAAACACAAAGGAGGACUUUCCCAGUAAAAUCACAGCAACUCUCUAGAGGAGCAGAUCUUGCAAGACCAGGAGUAAAACCCUCAAGGACGGUUCCCUCUCACUUUAUUCAGACCCUUAGUAAAGUUCAGUCAUCAAAGAAACCAGUGGUCAAGAACAUCAAAGAUAUAAAGGUUAAUAGGGGUCAAUAUGAAAGACCAAAUGAAACUAAGAUACGGUCAUACCCUGUUACUGAACAGAGAGUGAAGCACACCAAACCCAGAACAUACCCCAGUUUGCUUCAGGGUGAAUAUAACAACAGACAUCCAAACAUCAAGCAAGAUCAGAAGUCCAACCAACUUUGUAUACCUCAGACAUCAUGUGUACUGCAAAAAUCAAAAGCCGUAAGCCAGAGGCCUAAUUUGACAGAUGGCAGAUUUAAUUCAGCCGUUCCAAGCACCCCUGGCAUAAGACCAAAUGGAACCAGUGGUAAUAAACAUAACAAUAAUGGCUUUCAGCAAAAAGCACAGACUUUGGACUCCAAGUUGAAAAAGGCUGUUCCCCAGAACCGUUUUCUGAACAAGACAGCUCCCAAAACUCAAGCUGAUGUCACAACCGUAAAUGGGACCCAAACAAACCCAAAUAUUAAAAAGAAGGCACCAGCAGAGGAUCGAAGGAAACAACUAGAAGAAUGGCAGAAAUCUAAGGGAAAAACCUAUAAACGGCCCCCUAUGGAACUUAAAACAAAAAGAAAAGUAAUAAAGGAAAUGAAUAUUUCAUUCUGGAAGAGCAUUGAAAAAGAAGAGGAAGAAAAGAAAGCACAACUCGAACUGUCCAGUAAAAUUAACAACACUCUGACAGAGUGUCUGAACCUCAUCGAAGGGGGUGUACCUUCUAAUGAAAUACUUAACAUAUUGUCCAGCAUUCCUGAAGCUGAAAAAUUUGCUAAAUUCUGGAUCUGCAAAGCAAAGUUGUUGGCAAGUAAAGGCACCUUUGAUGUUAUUGGGCUAUAUGAAGAGGCCAUUAAAAAUGGGGCAACACCAAUACAAGAGUUGCGGAAAGUUGUUCUUAAUAUCUUGCAAGACUCAAACAGAACCACAGAAGGGAUUACUUCUGACUCUUUAGUUGCUGAAACUAGUAUAACAUCAGUGGAAGAGCUGGCCAAGAAGAUGGAAUCUGUGAAGUCUUGUCUUUCUCCAAAAGAGAGGGAACAAGUCACGGCGACACCCCGAAUAGCCAAGGCAGAACAGCAUAAUUAUCCUGGUAUCAAAUUACAGAUUGGUCCAAUCCCUAGAAUAAAUGGGAUGCCAGAAGUGCAAGACAUGAAACUUAUCACUCCUGUACGGCGUUCGUCGAGGAUUGAGCGAGCAGUGUCCCGCUACCCAGAAAUGCUGCAGGAACACGAUUUAGUAGUGGCUUCUCUUGAUGAACUGUUAGAAGUGGAAAAAACAAAAUGUUUUAUAUUCCGUAGAAAUGAGGCGCUGCCUGUAACAUUGGGGUUUCAAACCCCUGAAUCAUAAUUUCUUGAUGCUUUUUUUAAAAAAGGUGUUUCAGAACCAACAUAAGACAAGAAAUAUUCUUGUCCAAGUGACCUGGAAAAAAGUGUGUAAUAGAGAGGCAUCAUGGAUGCAGAUUAUGGACGCUCAGGACUUAAGUAAUUCACUGGGCUUACUCUCAAAUUUUAUCUCCCCAUGGGAAAAUCUUUGCUUUAUGUGUUUAAGACUAGUUUGCCAGUUUUACAGUAUACAUAAAUUUCAAACUUUGGAAUAUUUACCCUACAACUGUGAUAAAUAUUUAUACUUUAUUGAUCUACUUUAAUCCCAACAUAGUUUUUUAUAUCAGAAGGUUGGUCCCACAAUAUAAUGGGACUUUUCUUUCUGCAUCCACCUUAGCAGAGGGCAAGUUCUUUCAUCGUGGAAGAUCUGAACUUUGACGCUAGCUUGACAGGCUGAAUGGACCUUGACAGACGGCCAAGUCAAAACCCCUCAUUUUACAGAUGAGUUUAUGCUAGCUGUGCCUUUGCUCAGAGAUCAUAAAUUUAUGUGUGAUCUUUGACUUUCAUCACAGUAUCCUUGUAAAUGAGAGAGAAUUCUUGUUUUUUCUAUGCCAGGUCUCAGAUGAAACAGAAUCCUGAAUUGGUGUGGUCGUCUAGCUUUUAUAUUCAAACCUAGUUUUGCAUUUGUUACUCAGAAACACUUCAAGUAACAAAAGGGGUGCAGGGGAGAGGGCUGGGGAGUGGACACUUGCUUCUUCAGUUCUUUGCUCAGCUAGGGGAUAGCUGGCCUGAGAAGGCAGUGCAAGCCCCAGAGACUGUUGUAGGUUGCUUUUUCUUCCUCCUGGGCAACUAUUUGUGGAAAGGUUUUACCUUAGUCAUUAUGUAAAUAUAAUGUGUAGAAAAACCUAGUCAACACAUUUUAAAUUUUAGCUUUCUUAAUAUUUAAGUAUUAUCUUAAAACAACAUUAAGUUUCUAUUAGUUCCUGCUUGUUUAUCUUGUUUAUUAUAGAAAACCGUGAUAAUGGCUUUGCAUAGAGAAUUAGGAGUUUGUCUAAGGAUAUACCAGUUGGCUGUCCUAAGAAACCUCACAAGGAGCAUUCAUUACCAAGGAGAAUGGACUUUGAUCAAAGGUCUAUCAGCCUCAUCCAGGAACUAGAUUUUUUUUAAGGGAAGCAGAUCUAUUUCUGAAAGUCAGAUUUAUAGUAAAGCUCAAAAAACUGAGCUAUAAACCUGUAAUACCAGCAGACUUUCAAUAAGAGACUCUUACAACUCAAUUGUGGAAAAACUAAGAAUUAAAAAUGGGCAAAGGACCUGAACAGACAUUUCUCCAAAGAAGACAUAAGACAUGGCCAGUAGGUAUAGAUAUGAAAAGGUGUUCAGCAUCAUUAAUCAUAAGAAUAAUGUAAAUUAAAACCACUGUGAGCUAUCACCUCACAUCUAUAAGAAUGGCUAUUAACAAGACGAGAUAAAUGUUGAUGAGAUUGUGGAGAAAAGAGAACCCUAGUACACUGUUUGUGGGCAUGUAGAUUGGGGCAGCCGUUAUGGAAAACAGUUUGGAGGCUCCUAAAGAAAUUAAAAAUAGAACUGUUAUCUGACACUCUUCUGAGUAAGUAUGUACCCAAAGAAGAUGAAAUCACCAGCUGGGCGCAGUGACUCACACCUGUAAUCCCAGCACUUUGGAGUGGGUGAAUCACCUGAGGUCAGGAGUUCAAGACCAGCUUGACCAACAUGGUGAAACCCCGUCUCUACUAAAAAUACAAAAAGUAGGCGGGCAUGGUGACGGGCACCUGUAAUCCCAGCUACUUGGGAGGCUGAGGCAGAAGAAUCACUUGAACUCGGGAGGUGGAGGUUGCAGUGAGCCAAAAUUGCGUCACUGCACUCCAGCCUGGGUUACAGAGCAAGACUCCAUCUCAAAAAAAAAAAAAGAAGAUGAAAUCAUCACCUCAUAAAGAUAUCUGCACUCCCAUGUUUGUGGCAGUGUUAUUCUCAAUAGCCAAGAUGUGGAAACAACCUAAAUGCCCAUCAAUGGACAAAUAAAGAAAAUAUGGCAUAUGCAUGCCGUGGAAUAAUAUUCAUCCUUGGAAAAGAGGGAGUUCUUGCCAUUUGCCACAACAUAGAUGGACCUGGAGAACAUGCUAAGUGAAAUAAGCCAGACCCAAGGAAAAAUACUGCAUGAUCUCACAUGUGGAAUAUUUAAUUUUUUAAGAAAGAGCUCAAGUACACAGAGAAACAGUGCUUACCACAGAUUGGGGAAGAGGAAAUGGGGAGAUGCAGGGCAAGGAUACAAAAUAGCAGAUAAGAUGAACAAGUCUAGAGAUAGGGCUAAAGUUAAUACAAUUGUAUUAGGGAUUUUUGUUAAAUAAGUAGAUUUUAGCUGCUCUUGUCACAAAAAACUGAGAUGAUAAUGUUAAUCUGCUUCACUAUAGCAGCCAUUUUAUUAUCUAUAUGUAUCCCAUAACAUCAUGUUGUAAAUCUUAAAUAUACCUAAUAAAAUAAAAUUGUCACCAAAA